AGAGCCAACAGGUCGGGAUAGAUUUUUACUAACUUCGUCUCGGUUAGUACGUUCAAUUUAGUCUUCCAAAUGUUUCUCUCAUUUCUAUUAGAAGCGGGCGUCGGUGGUUUUGGUUGAUAGAAACGGUCGCUAAAACGUGGCUACUUUUUGCUUCUUCUUCUUCUUCUUCUUCUUCUUCUUCUUCUUCUUUGUUUGAGGUCAGUAACCUGUGAAGGAAGCACAAAGGAUUUACUGCAAACUGGGAUUUAUCUGUGCUGGCCGUGUUUGAACCGUGAAUAAUACCAUGGUCGCAUAGCUUUGAGCCAGAAUAGUGUUUUGUUUUUUUGAUUUUUCAAAGGAGAAAAAAAAGAAGAUCAUUUGUUAGAAACGAGACCAGUAACACACCUGCGGCGAGGAAAUACAGGCAAAAGUGACUGCAAGCCUUACACCACUUGCACUCAGGAGUCAAGAAGAAAAGGAAGGGAGGAAGGAAGGAAGGAAGGACGGAGACAGAUUGUUGUCUAUUGUUGCCCUGGGCUUCCCAUUGUAUUCAGAUGUAUGCAGAGAAAGUUGUGGCAGAGGGGAAGAUGGACCCUGUAUGUGACAUCCAUCUCCUUGACAACGGAGCAAAGCGUGUGAUACCCUAGGACACAGAGUUCCAGACACUUCUGAAAAGAGAAGAAUGCAUCCUACCUUGUAUCCAGGGCACAGGGGAAUCUCUCUGACCUGUGUGUUGACCCCCUGUCGUGUGAUUGGGGUGUGUGCGACACUGAUGACCUUGGGAGCCAUUGGAGCAGCUGUGUGGGCCGUAGUCACGUAUUGCUCCAUGGAUGAAGACACAGGAUUGUAUGAUGUCCAGAUAAAUUCUGCUGACCAACGUCUCAGAGUCUUUGACCCGGCCGAGAAGAGGUGGCGUCAGGUGUGUUCUUCCUCAGCCAAUGAGCUGCUAGCUAGCAUCAGCUGUGAAGAAGUGGGCUUCAUCAGUGUGGUGAAUUACUCCGUCUCGUCGGUGCCAGAGGCCAGCGGAGAUGGCGGCGACUUCUUCUGUGUCAGACCGCAAGAGCUCAGCUACGGCAAGAAAAUCAAAGACGCGUUGUUCCCAUGUGACUGUGAGAGCAGGGAGGUUCUCACACUGUUGUGUCAAGACUGUGGCAGGCGUAGCUUCGCAGCAGACCGCAUCGUUGGCGGUGUGAAUGCCAGGCAGGGCAACUGGCCAUGGCAGGUCAGAUUGGAGUACGAAGGCGUUCAUCAGUGCGGAGGAACCAUCAUCUCAAACCGCUGGAUUGUGUCAGCAGCUCACUGCUUCAGAGAGUCAGUAAUCCAGCCUCACAUACAAAGAUAUCGCGUCGUUAAUCACUGGCGUGUGAAGCUGGGCUCCAUCUAUAGUACACCAGUCAACGCCAACGUGGUGGAGGUGAACACCAUCGUUUACCACAGCAGCUACCUGCCCUUUGUAGAUCCUAGCAUCGAUGACAACAGCAGGGACAUCGCUGUCCUGGCCCUCACCCAGCCCCUCACCUUCAACGAAUGCAUCCAGCCUAUUUGCCUGCCGGCACACGGUCAGAGACUGAUAGACGGACAGAUGGGAACAGUAACCGGCUGGGGAAAUGUAGAAUACCACGGUGUUCAAGCAGAUAUUCUGCAGGAAGCGAACGUCCCCAUCAUCAGCGAUGCUGUAUGCAACGCUCCGGACUACUAUGACAAUCAGAUCACCACCAGUAUGUUCUGUGCUGGUUAUGAGAAAGGAGGCAUGGAUGCCUGUCAGGGAGACAGCGGCGGCCCCUUUGUGGCGGAGGACUGUCUGUCCAAGACCAAGCGGUAUCGCCUGCUGGGGGUGGUGAGCUGGGGAAUAGGCUGCGCCAUGGCCAAGAAACCCGGAGUCUACACCAGAAUUUCCAGGUUUCUGCCCUGGAUAUCCACGGCCAUGAGGAACUAUCACAACUCACCGGGGCUUCACAAAAUGGCUCGGACAUGAGAUUCCUGCUCCUACGUUUCCACUUUUUCUACUCUCGGUUGACAAUAUCAAAAGACGUGGAGGCUUGUCGACAAGGGGCAGUUGGAAGAAGGGAUGAAAUGCUGUCACUGUUCCAGUGGUGUCCUUCUUACUUAAAACAUUUAUUUAAGAUUAACUUCUUCCUGAACUUUCGAAAGCCCACCAAGACCAACGUACUCAAACAAUAACCGGUAUCUAAAAUACAAGACAGAGCUCCUAAAGAAACAUGACGUUUUAUUUAAGUUGACUGUUCUCAUGAAGUAUUGAUUUAUACUAAAAUCCGUACACUGGAUUUAGGAUACAAAUAAAUAAAUAAAAAAAUAUGAGGAGAUGAAGUUAAGUUUUAAAUAACAUCCAACAGGUGAGCUGAACAGCAGAAUGUUGCACUGAGACCUGCAAAGGCUCAGGUUCAACUCGAGAACGCUGGAUGAAAACCCAGGGAUUCAUUCCAUAAGGGACUUUAUUCGGUUUCUAGAGGUUUUUAUCUUGUUCCACGUGACGCACUCUUGGCUGCCAGUGUGCACAGCAAGCCGCAGUGAGUGCAGACGGUAAAGAUCUUGUGCAAAACGCUUUUAUUACUUUUAAAUAGCGCAACACUAGGACACACGGUGUCAAUAAUUUAUCAGUAAUGCUAAUGAGUAGCAAAAAUAUUUCCUGGUCACUUUAUUUUGUACAAUCACAGCACACAUCAAUCUUUUCACACCUUAAAAAUGUCAUUUUAUUUGUAUCUUUUACUUGUGUGAUAUUUUAUAUGCUGCAGCCUGACAUGUCAUUAAUAAUAAUAAUAAUUAUUAUUAUUCAUUCAAGCUCCGUCUUUGUCAAAUCCCCACAUGACGGGGUAAUGAUGAUUCUUGUAUUGAAAUCAGUAUUUUGCUAUCGCCUUGUAAAUAUUAGCCACUGACUUGUUUUGUUUGGUCUAUUUGAGGAAUGUUACAGAUGUCUUCAUGAUCGUAAUGCCAACAAUUACAACCUAUUUCUGUCAACAGCGCACAUUACCAGAUUGUAAAUGCUGACGAUGUCACAUCCAAUGAACUGUGUAUACUCAUGAUCUUCCAUGACCAAUGUAUAGUAUUAUAUACUAAAACUCUCUGCGCCUACAGUUAUAUUCAGCAUAAACAACAACAAAGUGUUACAGCAGUGCAUUCCAUUUUAGAUUAGAUAGAUGUGAUUACUUUUAUUGUUCAUAUUCUAGUGGCAUCUACUUGCUAUGUUUUACUAGACAUUCACCUGACACAUUAACAGAAGAGCCAAACACCAAGAAAAAGGAUUUUAGGUCAAAAGUAUCUCUCAAGACUCCACUAGACUGUAAAUAUUAGGUUUCAACCCAAUCUGUGAUCAACAUAACAGAAAUAAACCACCGAGAUAACGGCACAAACAUAAA